AUGGCGGAGCGCAAGGCCGUGAUCAAGAACGCCGACAUGCACGAGGACAUGCAGCAGGACGCUGUGGACUGCGCGAGCCAAGCGCUGGAGAAGUACAACAUUGAGAAGGACAUUGCGGCCUUUAUUAAAAAGGAGUUCGACAAGAAGUAUAACCCCACGUGGCACUGCAUCGUCGGCCGUAACUUUGGCUCGUACGUCACGCACGAGACCAAGCACUUUAUCUACUUUUACUUGGGUCAAGUGGCAGUUCUGCUGUUCAAGUCUGGAUAA